AUGCUCACUGAAUCUGGCACCUCCUCCAGCUCUCCCGGUAAUGGAGAAACACCGAAGCUCCGGACUGCUUGCGAGAACUGCAGGCAGUCCAAGGUCAAGUGCAAUUUGUCUGGCAAGGAUACGUGCAUCCGCUGCCUUCGCCAUGGACUACCGUGCCGUUACCGAGUUGCCAACCGGUCUGGCAAACCCAAGGGAAGCAAGAAUCGGUCGACGCUCCGGAAACUGGGACAGUUGCAGGAGAAUAAGAGUGCCUUUACCUCCAGCGAUCGACUACCCAAGAGGAAUAUUGAGGCCAUACCAAGUCCAGGGUUCGCACGCAGCGACACUGAGAGUCUACCAACCGAACAGCCGCUGGAAAGCCCAAUGGGCGAGAUGCAGGAUGCGGCCCUGUUUUUGGCCGAUUGCGAGUACCCUUCGCCCUACGGAGAGUCUCUCGCGGACAGCUCAUGCGCGGCCUCGAUGUCGCCGACGUUCCUCCAGAAAGAGUUCAUUACGAAAGGCCUGACCAGCUUCCCCCUUGCGGUGCACGUCCCAAGUGCUCUGCGACCCACAUGUGAAUGUGCUGAGACCCUAGUCUUUUACCAUGACAGUCUUCGCCAGAUGGUAGUCAACCCGGCACAGGUGCGUUUCGAUCAGAUGCUCCAGGGUGUGCAGGCCGCACUCUCGGUGUGCCGCGGGUUCCUGCAGUGCCCAAGUGGGCACAAGGACAAUCAUAGCGCCAAUGACACAAGCAUCAUCCUUUGCAUGUCCACCCUCGAGUUUACUCUCCAGUUACUCGACUACUGGACCUCGUACGAACUCCUCCCGCAGUCCAGGGAGGGACCUCGCGAGGUUGGCUACGGCGAGUAUGAGAUGGAGGCAGAUGAGGCGCGCCGGGUCCGCCGCUUCCUCAUCCGCGGCCGUCUUUUACUCUGUAAGGAGACUUUGGGGCUACUCAAGGGCGCGGCUGGGUUUGAGGAUGGACCUGGGGGGAAUUGGCUGCAGCAGAUUAUUGGGGGAUCGGAGGCGAUGACCGAUACGUUUCUUCAUGCGAUGUCCGAGGCAGAAUGUCUUUGCAAUUUACCUACCUACUAG